AUGUUGCUUACCGCCUUUCGCGUUGCUGCUCCUUGGUGUUGUUGCUGUUUCGGCACAUCUUCCUUAGGCACAGCACUCGUUAAAGUGUCAAAGUAUUCAACAAAGCUCCGAUCUAUAGAGACCCAGUUUCGCCAAAAUGUUAACCAAGUUGAGGUAGCAAUUUCGGAGUUGGCAGUUUGCAAGGCCUCUCACACUGAGUUGCGGCAGCUCGCAGUAGACGCAAUUAUACUACUUAUAAAACGAGUUAUAAUCGUCAAAACUACGGCCAACUCAUUUUGGGGCAAUAAUGAUUUGACAAACCUCGUACUGAGUCCCCUGACCCAGCUGACCGAUAUUAAAUUCAACGAUGUUCAAGAGAAGCAAUUACAGUGUGUUCAAUAUCUCCUCCACUGCUAUGGCGAUGCAAUCAAUGGUAGCUGGCUUCGACUUAUCAAUAUCAUUGGAGCUAUUGGGCAAUCCCAGAGGCAAAAUGAAUGGAGAAUAACGCCCGAUGAUGCAACCGUAGUGGGCGUAAUCAUUAGAGAAUCAUCCGAAAAUGAACUUCUUUCUUGGGGUUCGAAGGUGCAAUUCUACCAUUCUAUGGCUCUUCUUCCCCAAGAAUGGACUCUACACGAAAAACACAUUCGCUCAGCGUUCCAGUGUUUCCAACUCGUGGUUACCGACUACUUACCCAUCUUAAAUUCCGACUGCUAUCCGGCCUGUGUGGACACUGCUGCCAAGUUUGGCCAUCAAGAACACGAUCUCAAUAUCUCCCUUGCAGCAAUUGGCUCUUUGCUCCACCUCACUGACUUUUUAUUCCAACGCGAGCGCGUAGCCGAAGAAUCUGGGACUGCAGUAAAGGAGAAGAGUGAAGCUGGAAACCUCUGGGUUGGGAUCUUUAUUCAUCUCGCCGACUUAGUUCGAGAUCGAAGACCCGCUGUGCGCAAAUCAGCUGGUCAGACACUCUUCAACGCUGUUGAGUGCCACAGCGCUCAAUUCCUUCCUGAAACAUGGUCCGAGCUUCUAUGGACGGUUUUCUUCCCACUUCUCUCUGACGUCCAGGAGAAGUGUGCUCGAGCCCCAGUUGAGAAGGAAGGUGGGGCUGCAGGAGGCAGCGGUGGUGGUGGUGGUGGUGGAGGUGCUCUUCUGGUUCACCACUCCCGGGACACUGCAGCGAAACAGUGGGCUGAGACUGUAGUACUCACACUCUCCGGUGUCGCACGAUGCUUUGUCUCAAAACAAUCACAACUUCUUGCUUUGGAUCGCUUUCCUGAGGCCUGGAAAUAUCUGUUAAGCAAUGCAGAGCUUGCAGUUCUCACUGCCAACUCCGAAAUUGCUCAGAAUGCACUGCUCACUCUUCGAAUACUACUGGAUUUCGACACAAGAGAAUGCUCUGCCGAAAUUGCUACCUCAACUUGGUUAACAUUUUGGCGAAACUGGGUCUCUAUAGGUCGGAGCUUUGUUGAAUACUUUGACACUUUAACGAGUGCUGUGCCUAAGGAAGAUGUGCCGAAACAGCAACAACACCAAGGAGCAGCAACGCGAAAGGCGGGCACCAAUACCUUCGGUACAGAGUUCUUUUCGCUGUACUUUGAUCUUUUUCCACCUCUCUUUCCGCGAAUUGAGUCGAAGUUCAUUGAAAGCUCCUUCUUUGCUGAAUUUGCUGAGAUAGCUGCUCAAGGCGUCCUGGGCCCUCUAUUUGUCACUCAACAUCAGACUGCUUUGGCUCAUUUGUCAAAUGGUUCUACCUCUACUUCUUCAGCUACACCAUCCUUCAUGAAUUCAAUCACCCCUAAUUUGGUGGAUGAACAGGGACUCACUCAGACCCAGCGAUCUGUUUUUAACUGUCUCUCGCUUAUAGCUGAGUCGAUUAAGACAAGUGAGGCCAAUCUUAAAAAUCUUCUUGUUCCAUUCCUUCAACUUCUGCUCCGACUCUCCCAAUAUGCAGUGUGGAUUCCCCGACCUGGAUCUAAUACAAAUCUGGUGGAGGCCAUACCAAUGAACUACAUAAUCUUUGCCGAAAAGUGUAUGGAACUUGCCACUGAUCUCUAUAAGACUUUCGCCGAUUCGGAUGUCCUCAAUAACACCAAUGGGUUACUUAUAAUUAUUGAGGCAUUACGGAUCCCGCUUGCUGCCAAGUACAAGUGUCAAUGUCGGUCCACGUGGUUGCUCGCUAGCAAGUGCUUCAUCGAGUCCAUUUCUGUUGGAAUGUCAAUUGCUACCAAGCAAAAGUCCAAUCUCCCCCAAGCCAACUCAAAUGAUAAGUUGUGGACUGUAAUCUUUUUCACCAUUCGGGAUUUUCUCUUCUGCCAAAAUUUGCCGACAGAAACUCUUUCGGGUGAAGAAUUUCAGCAACAUGAGGCACUUGACUGCAAGUAUAUCGACAUGAUUUGCGAUCUGUUUCUUUCGAAACCGGAUGGGAUGCCUCCCAAAUUUCUCGAACAAAUGGUUGGAAUAUUGGGGUUGGGCGCAAUUGAAGCAUCAAUAACUGCUGCAGAUUUUACUCUACUGGAUCCAAACACCUUAAGACCUCCUCUCUUAAAUCUCAAUGAGUCCCAAUCUAGACGCUCCUCAGUAACAAUGGGAUCCCUUCAGCCUUUCGUUCAUCGCUCUCCUUCCAUCACUGCCAUGUCUGCGGUCUCAAACUGUCCCUCUGUUUCAUCUUCUGAACGCGAUUUGCGACCUUUUGUCUCACGAGAGAAGUUCAUGCGGCGUUGCUUUGAGGCCCUGCUUAAUUUUGCUUUCUCUGCCGUAGCAACAACUAACAAAUCCUUGAAAAUGGGGUUGGCCAAUAAACCCCAUAUCGUGCUCUGUCGCACGGCAAUUCGAGAUGUUCUAGACCGAUGUCGUUUCAUCCUCCAUCGAUUUGUUAAGUCAGCACAGCUGACUGGCAAAUGUCCACUUCCACGUGCUAGGUUGUCGGAGGUGAACUUUGCACUGCAGGCGUUGGCUCUUCUUCUCACAAAUUUUACAACUCCUCCACCACAAAAUCUUCCAACUACUCAUCCUUCCCCUUCGACAUCCGUUGAUGCAAGCACUUGGAGUUAUGUGAUCGAUAUUUAUCCCUUGGUUGUGGACUGUAUCCUAGUGACAGAGGCCUCUUCACAACUCCUUCCUGGUAUCCAUCGAUUGCUUCAGCUCUUUGGUCGCCUACUCCAACCCAAGGCGAACAAUGUGGCCGCAGAUGGUCCUUGA